AUGUAUAGACAUGAAACAUACUUAGCAGUCUACUUGAGUGCACUAUGCAGCAUAUGCUUGGCAGAUUUCAUCAAUGGGAAGAAUCUGUAUGAAUCCCUUGUUGGGUUGGUUGAAAAUCGGGUUUACCACUUUUUGCUAUCUUUAUUUUUUAUCGGCACUCUGUACGUUCUGGGCCGUGUGCUUGCGUCUUUCACAAUGGGUGAACUUAGUGCCUUAGAAAAAGAAGGAGUACAAGAGAGUGGGAUGCAUUAUAUUGGGAAUAUUUGCUUAGUUGUGACUUUAUUUUCAGAUUACAUAACCAUAAGGACACUUGUUCUGUUUGCCUUUGUCUUUGGUCUUAAAGUGCUUCACUGGCUGGUUGGCUUUAGAAUAGAUGCACUUGAGAAGAGUGGUUCUGUCUGCCAGAGAAUUGAGAGGAUGGUUGGCUUGGUGUGUCUUCUCUUUGUGGUGGACAGUCUCUUAACGUACCAGUUCAUUACGCAAGUGUACAAUUCCCCGGAUGUCUCAAUUUUAUUCGCAUUUGAAUUCUUCAUUCUCUUUGCUUAUACAAUUAGGUCUUUGUAUUCCCUGGUUAUCCUGCAGUAUGCACCUGAUACGGGCAUUGAAGACCGAGUAUUCCUGUUGUUCUAUGGGGACUUUGCCUUCUGCAUAGUUAAGAUACUCUCACAUAUUAUGUGCCUGGUAGUCACUACAAUGUACUUUAGGAUGCCCAUAAAUCUACUACGAGAGACAGUCGUUGCAAUAAAAUAUCUGAUUACUAAGACAAGAUCAACCAUAGCGUAUAAAUCAUUAAUUACAUUCAUAGAAGGCUGCCCAGAUGUUGCAGAGGAUGACAUUGGUGCAGAUAGAAUAUGUCUUAUAUGCCAUGAAGAGAUGCAAGUAGGGAAGAAAUUGGAAUGCGGUCAUAUUCUGCACCUGGUGUGCUUGAAGGAAUGGCUGCACAGACAGCAGGCGUGUCCCAUCUGCAGGAAGGCCGUGCACUCGAAAAAAGAGGCGCAGUCUGCAGCUAGCACGCAAGAUAGAAGAGAGCAAGAUGAAACAGCAGAAGUGCCAUCUAUUGUGCGGGUACUUUUGUCUGGGCAGUCUGAUGAGUAUGAAGGUGUUCCUGUGACAAUAAACCAUGAAAACCCAUAA